AUGGAUUACCGCCUACAGAACCUUCUUGCUGCUCCUUACAGAGGCGGUAACGCCGUCAUCACUCAGAAUACUCAGCUAAUAUCACCGGUCGGUAAUCGUGUCUCCGUCACCGACCUCAACAAGCACCAUACCGUUACUAUUCCGGUCAAUACCUCAACCAACAUAUGUCGCAUCGCUGCCUCACCUGACGGAACUUUCCUACUCGCCGUCGAUGAAGAAGAUCGAUGCAUUUUCAUCAACUUGCCUCGACGGGUGAUUCUUCAUAGAAUAACCUUUAAGGAUAAAGUCGGCGCCUUGAAGUUUAGCCCUGAUGGUAAGUUUUUCGCUGUUGGAAUUGGUAAGUUGGUUCAGAUAUGGCGUUCACCUGGUUUCAGGCGAGCUGUUUUCGCCUUUGAGCUGGUUAGGACUUUUGCUAAUUCUGAUGAUAAAGUUGUUUCCUUGGAGUGGAGCUUGGAUUCUGAUUAUUUGCUCGUUGGCUCAAAGGAUUUAGCAGCUAGGUUGUUUUGUGUUAGAAAGCUCAAGGGUGCCUUGAAUAAGCCCUUUUUGUUUCUCGGUCAUAGAGAUUCUGUUGUGGGUUGCUUCUUUGGUGUUGAUAAAUUGACUAACAAGGUCAACAGGGCUUUCACUAUUGCACGGGACGGUUUCAUUUUUAGUUGGGGCUAUACUGGAGAGGAUGUUAAAAUGCAUGAAUCAGAAGAUGGCCACUCUGAGCCACCCUCACCUGAUACUCCAGAGAGGGCUGAUGAGGUGAUGGUGGAUGGCGUUGGUACAGGUACUGAUCUUAAAAAAAGAAAAGAGUAUGAUGGUAAAGAUCGUGAUUCAGAUGGAGAAGGAGGAGAUGAUGAAGAGUAUAUGCACAGAGGGAAAUGGGUUUUGUUGAGGAAGGAUGGGUUUAAUCAGGCAUCAGCAAAGGUGACAGCUUGCGACUAUCAUCAGGGGCUCGACAUGGUUGUGGUGGGAUUCUCAAACGGUGUUUUCGGGCUUUAUCAGAUGCCAGAUUUCAUCUGUAUCCAUCUGCUGUCUAUUUCAAGGGAGAAGCUAACAACAGCUGUCUUUAAUGAGCGUGGUAAUUGGCUGACCUUUGGUUGCGCCAAACUCGGGCAACUGUUAGUCUGGGAGUGGCGAUCUGAAAGCUAUAUACUGAAGCAACAAGGACACUAUUUUGAUGUCAACUGUGUCACUUACUCACCCGACUCACAAUUCUUGGCAACUGGUGCUGAUGACAACAAAGUCAAGGUAUUAAAAUCUCAAAGACCUAACUGA